ACAGGAAAUCCUUCUCCACCUUUCAUCCUGAUGCAAGCCCAAAAUUGCUCUUUAAGCGCCUCCAACAUAUCUGCUAACUGAUUCAUAGUUCUGCUGCGGGCUACGCGUUAAGGCCGGACAAUCCCCUUCAACUGUCUUCCAAGAUUCUGCGAUCUUUUUUUGAAACCGGCCUCUUCCAUCAACAUCCAGCAGCUAUGUACAGCUCAUACCAACCGCAUUACUCAUACUACACUGAAUACGAUGCAGAAAACAUCAGGCCCAUUGCCAUUCAUGUGCUUCUUCUAGCUCCGACGGGCUUUGAGAUCAUCUACUGCGCCUUGAAGAUCCGGCUGAAGGACCUAGCAAGUGUCUGCUUUCUGGGCUCUAGCGACUUAGCAAUUCUCACAGACUUAAGAGCCAGCUGCCUCCGUAAGGCUUCUGCAUUUCGGGCAUAUCCGCUCUACCUUUUGAACUCUAUUAUCGAAAGCGCGACCGAGCUCAUCGAGUCACGGUCAAACGGGCUUUUGGCUCAAGUCCAGAGCGUAGAAGGCACGACUGGAAUGUCACCAUGGAACAGGUUUCCUCUUGAAAACACUGUCGCCAGCUUCGAUGGGUUUAGACUGCGUAAUUUUCUUAAAUCAUUGCAUGCCAUCAACAUGAGCCUCAGACUCAACCUAACUUGUUUGCAGUCCGCAGCAAAUCUUGGUCCCUCUUUCCGGAGCACAGCAGAAAAGAUAGAGAUGGCGAGAGCGCAAAUAAACGCACCUGCCAUACUCUCAGGCCAGCGAGACCAAUUUGAAGAUCAGGUACGAUUCAAUGAAACGAGACUGCAGGGGCUGGCAGACCUCACUACGCAGCUUUUGGGUAGAGUCAACGCGCAGAUUAACGUGAUCUACAGCUUCACCGCGCAAAGGGGCAACGAGCAGAACUACCAGAUCGCCAAAUUGACGGCCGCAGAUAGCCGGACCAUGAAAGCCAUUACUGUCUUGACGUUAACGUUCCUUCCCAGUACCAUGCUCGCAUCACUAUGGGACGCUGGUAUCUUCACGCUUAGUCCAGAAAGAAGCUGGCGCAUAUACCUUGGCACCACGUGCGGACUCACCGCCCUGGUGUUCACGAUUUGGUAUGUGUAUGUUCAGAUAGCGACGAGGGAGCAGAGGCUAGCUAUGAGGGAUGAAGAGCAGGCUUUGAAAAAGGAGAGUUGAUGGCCACGACACGCAAACUGCAGGCAAUUUGUGUUUGGAUUCGAAGACAUGACCUCUAUCCCCAAGAUAAUCCUCAAUACUUCAUUCCUUUUCCUAUGGGCACCGCCUUUACGAUUGUCACCGGGUGCGUGUGGAGCAUUUUCCUUCCCUAGCAAUGCCCCCCCUUGCGAGAUACGGGCUGUAGGAAUGGUUCAAAAGUGUGGGCGAAAGCUUACGCUUGAAUGAAUGUCUUUCUUGCUUCUUCACGCCUCAUGUCUCGUUUUGUUACUUAGCACUGUACCGCAUGUCACAUCCUCAC